GCGGUGAAUGUGUAUUAUCAAACUAUGAAAUCCAAGUUUUAAACAGAGAAAUAGUACCAUGAAAUAAAGUGUAGAGCACUGCAUGAGUGCUAGUGACUGGCAUUUGGGUCUAUCUUAUCUGGCGAUAGUGCAAAUCUGUAGCUCCAUUUUCUAGUUGCUUUCAAUGUUCAGUAUGUGUUCCAUGAAACGCACCACGAAUCUAGCCAAGUCGAGGUCAUGCACUGUCAAACAAGGCCGCAAUUUGCAAUACUGGUUGACAGAAGCCAUCAGUAGAAACCUCUCCAGGCCCAAAAGCGGCCACUACCGCCGCUCACGAGUCCUUUUUGUGCCACCACGCCAAGCGGCCAUAACAAACGCUGCACUCGACGACGUGCAUAUGUGGCUCGUAUUGGCACAACUUGACCGACGCAUACGAAGCACAGCCGCCAGGAGAAUCAAGCAAGAGCUCCGUCCCUCAGAUUGAAAUGCAACGGCGGCGCUAAAUGAACACGCAGCCAUCAUGUCCAAGUCCGACAUUGGCAUGGCUUUACAACCCGCAAGACUGAGGCGACACGCCAGUUUGCGUGAAGCCAUGAACAUGCUAGAGAGGUCACGCUGUAGCAAGGGGGUCAUAUCUUGUGUUCCCAGAGCGUGACUUCGCCGUCUGCUGCACGAUGAUCCAACAAUUCCGCGCUCUGUUUUUUAAGCUUCGCCCUGCUGGAGCUUCCCCCUGUCUGAUGAGGCGUCAAGUCUAAUCAGACAAACGACGAAUCGGAUCCUCGCAUUUCUGCAGUCCAGCUGGCGGCCUGACGGCCCCUCAGAGCUUGCCAGGCUUUGUUCAUCUUUGAAUGGCUGAGCCACUCAAAUGCGGCCCAAGGUUGUACCAGGCGAAAAUCCAAAGGCCGGGAGGGUGAAAAGUAAUUGUUUGUUUGCUCAGACCCUGCGUCAGGCGUGUGACGCCGCCAGCGUCAAGAUCGCGCAUCACUCUCCUCUUUGUUUUCACGCCUCUUUCGAAAACAUCUCAAGUUGCAUAGAAAGCCUUUUGUUGACUCAACCCUAGACCUGCCAUUUCGCAUGUGUCAAGUCAAGCUCUCCAUCUGCGUCCACUGCG